AUGAAGGCAUCUACGGCUCGUCUUCUCGCGGCCGCAGCGCUCACUGUCAUCCUCGCGCUGGCGAGCGGGGUCGCCAACGCAACGGUGGUGACGACGUGCAAGGCGGCGGCCGGCAGCGACGGGCGCGUGGACUACGACUUCUGCGUGUCGGAGCUGGGCAAGCACCACGACAGCCCCAGCGCGGACACCUGGGGCCUGGCCAAGGUGGCAGCCCUCACCGGCGUCGUCGACGCCGACAACGCGGUCUACGACAUCAAGGACCUGCUGGCCAAGCACGGCACCGACGCCAGGGCGCAGGCGGCGCUGGGGCAGUGCCAGGAGCUGUACGACAGCAUGGGGUACGCCUUCGCCGAAGCGCAGGACGACAUCAACAACCGCGACUAUGCCGCCGGGAAGGAGAAGGCCGGGGAAGCCGCAUCUCUCGCGCACCGGUGCGAUGACGCCUUCGCCCAGGCCGGUGUCCCGUCGCCAGUCACGCAGCACACCUCCUACUCGGUGCAGAUAGCGGUUGUCUGUACGGCUAUUACCAACCUCAUCCAGUGA